AACGCCUCUGUGGUCCCGCCUCUCCUGGCGGCUCCUGGCCAAUCGCCGCCAGCUCCUUGAGGACGAACGGCGCCGCUAGCGAAUAGGCGGCAGGGGGCGGGGCCCGCGCCGGAGCUCCACCCCCCUCCAAAGGCAGCAGCGGGCAGGAGGAUGGAGCCGGACUGCAAGCGGCGGCGGCGGCAGUCGGGGGGCGAGGUUGUGGCGUGGGUGCCGGAGCCGGUGCUGUCGGAGCUGGAGUCGCGGGGCGUGGAGCUGGUGUCGGCCUACGCUGCCCCCAUUCUGCUCAAGGCUGAGACCUCGCGCCUGGUCCAGGAGCUGGCACUUGCCCUGCCCCUGACCGGCCUCCCCCACCUGAAGCGGGUGCGGGCACGAGCCACUGGCCUGGAGGUCCUGGUGUGCCUGGCUGAGGAUGGGGCCAUCCCGCAGACACUGGCUCAGCUGCUACCCCACAGCCGGGUGCACACACACGGACUGGGCGAACCCUUCCUGGUGCGGGUGCCGGCUCGCCCGCCUCUCACCCGGCGCCAGUUCGAGGAGGCGGCUGCCCACUGGCCCACGGCUUUCCACGAGAACAAGCGCACCAGCCGGGCCCUGGAUGGGACCCUCUUCACGGCCCAGGAGUGCGUCUCCAUGGCCAGGCACAUGGAGCAGGCUCUGGACGCUGCCUGCCAUGGGGCUGAGCUUGGCAUGGUGCCGGCUGGCGUGGCCGUGGUGGACCCGGCCACGGGGUGUGUACUGGCCGUGGGGCACGACUGCCGCCGGGGGCUGCACCCACUGCUGCAUGCUGCUAUGGUGGGCAUUGACCUGGUGGCCCACGGACAAGGUGGCGGCGCCUACAGCUACCGGGACUUUGCUUCCUGCUCCUUCCAGCCCCUGGUGGAUGGUUCCCCCCACGAGGGGCUGCCCUACAUCUGCACUGGCUAUGACAUGUACCUGACACGCGAGCCCUGUGCCAUGUGUGCCAUGGCACUUGUUCAUGCCCGCAUCCGCCGGGUAUUCUAUGGGGUGCCGGCCCCCCAGGGCGCCCUGGGCUCCUGCUAUCACAUGCACAGCCGCCGCGACCUCAACCACCGCUAUGAGGUCUUCCGUGGGGUGCUGGAGGGGCCCUGCCGGCGCCUGGGUAUGGAGAGGCUGGACCAGUGACCUCUGUACCCCUUCCUCUGCCCUUCACUGGGCUGUGUGCCUCUUUCUUUUUUUUAACCCUUUGUUUUAAAGUUGCGGCUGGCUCGUUUGCAA